GCUUCCCCGCCAAGCUUUUUAUUUUCACUUACUUCAACAAUUUUUAAAAACCCGCCAGCGUCAAGCUCUGCUCAAAACCCAAAAAAUUCACUCUUUCACGGAAAGAUAUAGAAAGUAAUAUUAAUGCUUUGAACAUCUGCUAAUAGCAAUCGAAGAAUCCAGAUAUGGAAGGAAGCCUUCAAUACUCUCCGAAAUUAGGGUGUCCAGUGGAUAGUGAGGAUGUGAAGUAUGUGACUAGGCUUAGUACUAUAUUGGUUGCUACAAUUCAGGAAGCAAAGGAUAGGAUUUCUCAGAUAGAGUACAUAUUUUGUAGUCAGCUUUACUCUAAUUUACAAACGAAAUCCAAAAGCUUGCAGAACAUCUAUUUGGAGGCCAAAAAGGAAGCAGAAGAGUCUUGGAAAGAGAAAGAGAAAGAUCUUUUGCUUCAGAUUGAAAGACUUCAACUCGAAAAACAAGAAGUACUUGAAGAAAACCGGUGUCUUAAGCUUGAGCAAGAUAAGUCGUUGGGGGACCUUGAUGAGAAGACAAAGUCAUUCCUUUUGAAAGAAAGAAAACAACAAACUAGAAUUGAUAAGCUAGAAGAGGAAGUUGGGAGGAAGUCUAAGGAAGUUGAUAAAGGCAUGGAAUUGCAGCAUAAAUUGCUUGAAUUAGUUCAAACGAAAUCCUCUCUCAUAAUGGAUAAGGUAAAACAAGUGCAUGAGUAUGAAGAAAGGACAAAUGAGUUGCUUGCCAAAGUGAAAAGCUUAGAGAAAAAAGUUGAAGUGCUUCAAGGGGAGCUUAAACAAAAGACUGAAAAGCUAGCUGACAUAUUGUCGAAUGAGUUAGCAGCAGAUUGUAGACAAAGUAUUAUUAGGCUCCAAAAAGAGAAGGAACAACUUGUAGGAAAAGUGAAAUUUCUGGAGGAGAAUAUUAGUGAACUCCAAAAGAAGCUUUUGGAAAAAACUGAAGAAAUUGAGGAGGGACGUACAUUGCAAGCAGAAUUGCUUCAACAAAUUGAUAUGAAUAAGUUGGAGAUCUUGAAGCAAAAACAACAGUUUGAGGAGUCUGAGAAUGAGAAAAGACAACUUCUGGAGAAAGUAAACGAUUUGGAGGGGAAAAUCAAUGAGCUCAAGGAAAAUCUCAACAGAAGCAGCAAGGAAGCUGUCGGAAAGGAUUCAUAUGAAGAGUUACUUCAGCAAAUUAAGUUCAAAGACUCUCAGUUACUGGCUGAGAAGAAGAAGAGAAGAGAUCUCUUUGAUAUGUACAAAAGAUUGAAGUCUCAAUACAAUUUUCUGUGCACAAAGUGUGGCCUUACUGAGGAGAAUAUGCUUUCCAAGAUCAAAUUAGAAGAUGAAAGUGGCUCUGUAGCACAUGAACAAAAUCUAACAACUUCACCUGAUUUUGGAAACAAAGGUCCAGGUGCUCCUGCAGUUGUUUUUGAGAUGAAAAAAGUGAAACUUGAAAAUGACAUUGGGGAUAAUUUGGAGGAUGAUAAAGUGGUCAAAUCAAUUCCAAUGUCAAGCUUCUGCUCUCCUGCUAACAUUUAUAAUUCACCGAAAUGCCCUCCUACUGCAAAAUCUGCUCCAGUCGCUGGUACAAAGAGGCCUGCAUCUCGCUGGAUAGAUACCAGGUCUCGUCAGUAUGAAGAUGGACCUGACCCUCAUGAUGAUUUCCUUGAUACCCCUCUUGAGAACCUCAGAGGGGCAUUGAAUGGAGCCAUGAAUAGAACAGUACAAGAUCCUCAUGUUCCACCCAUCGAGAAAGAUAUUAGUACUGAUAAUUGUUCAGAUGAUGAAACACAGGAUAUGAAUGUUGAUCCCGCUUCAGAAAAGCGGCAGAUACCACUACCAACAGGUGGCCAAAAAGGGUUCAAGUAUGUUGAACCAGUUAGAAAGAAAGCUGAGAGGGAUAAUUUGAAAGGAGUAGAAUGCAAGCAGUGCAAGAAAUUCUAUGAUGCGGUUCUUCCUAAUGGAGGUAAGGACACUGAUGGUAAGCAGAAUCUUCGCUGUGAGCAUCAUGAUGGCGUUUCUAGGCAUCGGUAUAAGUAUGCCCCUCCUUUGACUCCUGAAGGAUUUUGGAAUAUUGGAUUUGAGUCUGAAAUGUGAUUUUCUUGACUUUGGAACUUCUUUACUGAACAACAACUAACCAUGAGAUUUAUUUUUAUUAUUUGAGUGAAAGAUAAUGUUUUUUCACUAAUAAUAACCCUUGAAACCUUUAGAAAGUUAGUCUUCUUCCCUUGAUAGGCAUACCAGAGCUUCUUCGCAAGCUUUUCCAAAAGAUUGUUUUCAAACUACAACAUAAACUACCUUGGAAGAGUUAGAGGUUUUAUUUUAUAUCUGCUUCUGUCUAAUCUCAUUUUUAUCAUCAAAAUGUUUACCUAUAAUGUGGCUGGUGUAGAUUCAACACUACCCUUUGCUAUCUACUAAUGCCCAAUAUUGUGAUCCAAACAUACAGCAAUGUCCACAUUUCUUUGACCUCCUGCACCUAACUUGCAGUUGCUUUUCUAUAAUGGUUUAACAUUUAGUUUCAGAUCAUGGUGUGUUUAAUUUGCUUUCAAAAUGUAUUCUAUUUAUUUUGCUUUGCUAAUCUGCACAUAGAGGUAUUAGCUUGAAGCACGUUUCAAGUUCAGUAAACUUCUCUGAAAAGAAAAUUAGGUUGCCUUUUCUGGAUUUGAAAGGAACUUUCAAUAAGUUUCUUAUAAUCAUUAGACAUAGCCAUGUAUAGUUGAAAGUUGUCUUUAUUGCUAUCUUAAUCUAGAGGUCCAUUGGUUAUUUGUAGUACAGGUCUGAAUAGCUAAAAGUCCAUUAACUAUUCUGUUCUGGUUCACAAGAUGUGGACUAGUCUAGUUUUUGGCAAGAUAAGAGUCAACUAGUUGUGGUGAGGACUGGUUUUGAAUCGAACCAACACAUUUUGGGGACUGGUUAAUUCAAAACCGCUGUUUUCAAUUUGUGAGAAAAUAAUUAUCCAAGCCUAUGGUUUUCCAGGAUCACGUGUGUGGGGAUAUCAAUGAAAGGGCAAGAGUCUUACAAGAGUUAAUGUAGAUGUCAGUGUGGUAGCUCAAUGUGCACUUAUUAUGGGAUUUUGACCUCUGUACUGUUAUGAGUAUUUAAUUUACUAGUACAAUUCUUUUUUUCUC